AUGUUGACUCCUGUGGCUCUUCUUGCCUCCCUUGCCGUUGUCACUGCUUUGACCAAUGUUGACGUGACGGUCACAGUGAAGCAGACUCGGACGAUUACAGUCUGCCCAUAUCCUACCGAAUUCGUGACCUGUAAUGACGACGGUCAAGGUUGGACGAGCCUGAAUGAUCCAAACCUACCGCCUGGUGACAGCUGGGGCGAUUGGCAUGGACGCCAUGACGGUCCAAAUGGACCAGCGGGCAACAGCGGCCAUCGAGGAGGGCCAGGGGAGAACACAGGGGCUCCUGGGGCCACUCAUACUGGAACUUCUACAGACGGUUCUGACAUAUGGGCAGAUUGGAGCAAUAGGAAUAGGACAGGGGCCGGUAGCGGUCACGGUCAUAGCGACGGCUCUGGAAAAGGCAAUGGUAACGGCGACGGCGACGGCGACCAUGGCAAAUGGACCAGCGGUGGUUCUGGGACCAUUCUGCAAAGUUCAAGACUACCGCCUACUCAUGUGAAAACACACAGCCACUCCUCAACACCUUCGAGCACUCGCGGUCAUUCACACAAGUCGUCUAAGACCUCAACCCCGGUUUCUGCCGCGUCUACAGCGGAUCCAACCUCUGGUGCAGCUUCCUCUGGACCGGUCUCCGGUGCCGGUGACCCAACCAUAGACGGCGCAAAUGCUUCCACGACAGGAUCUCCGUUGGGUUCUACGACAUCCCGAUCUGAUCCGCCUACUGCCGGUGCCUCAAGUUCAGGUACUCCAGGGCAGACUGGCUCCGCAACGUCGCAGUCUGAUCCGCCUGCUGCAGGUGCCUCAAGCCCAGGUGCUUCACAACCAGCUGGCUCUCCGACAUCGCAAGAAACCCCAUCUGGCGGAGGCGCUUCAAAUGCCGGGACACAGGGAUCAACGGGCUCUACAACAUCACAACCAGGUCCAUUGGGCAACCCUGGAUCAACUACAUCUAGAACCCCGCAGCCUGGUCCAGCCGGCGGAAGCAGUACUUCAGGCGCCGGCACCCCAGUGCUACCAGCCUCAUCGACAUCUCCAUCGACGCAAGCUGGUGGAGAUCCCACGCCGCACAGAGCCAACACGGUCCCAUCAUCGACAACUGUGGCACCAAAUGGAGCAUUGUCAACAUCUUUGGCCUCUUCGACAAUUGCCGCGGAGGUUACAGCAGACGCAGCGCCAAGUCGCACACCGGGUGACGGCAGCUUUUUGAUUUCUCUAUCAGGCAAUGUACAGAAGCACAAACGCCAGAGCGCUACGAGCUACCUCGGCUUUUCAGGGACUGAGGCCAUUGCUGUGACUGACGCAAGCAAGGCCUGGCCACUGCUUUUCAACGCUCAAACCCAAGUCCUCGGAUUCAGCGGACAAUCCGGCUACAUAGGUUUUGACAGCAACACAUUGACGGAACCCGUACGCAAGACCAGCGAUGAUGGCACAUAUGCUCCGGCCUUCUUUGCCGGGUGGAGCCUCGAUACAACGACUAGUGCCAUUGGAUUUGGGGGCGCUCAAUUCUGUAUCUUCACAGAUACAACGGUCUUUACCUUCUGGGACGGGGUCGUGCCUGAUGACUGCACUCCGGUCAUGCUUGUUGAGACAGACGUUAACACCAUCUUGUCUUCGACAACUGCUAAUGUGGUCAGCACCACUAGCAGCAACGCGGCUUUAGAUGGAACAAGUCAGGCUACAGCAACAGCUACCAGUCCUUCUGGCGGGGUCGCUGACGGAGCGACCUCAACGACUACUUCGGUUUCGGUUUUGGGUGGAGCUCGAGUGCCGAUCAUACAACCGGAUCAACAACAACUUUAA